CAAACCCUCACCUGGCCAUCACCAUCCUCUCUCUUACUUACCUCUUCACCCCAAAAAUUCUUUACCAGUUCACCUACAUCCUAUAUCCACAAUGAGUUUCCAAGCUGGAGGUCGUGGCUGCUUCAACUGCGGUGAUGCUUCCCACCAGGCCCGUGACUGUCCCAAGAAGGGCACUCCUACCUGCUACAACUGUGGUGGCCGUGAAUGCACUGUAGCACCCAAGGAGAAGUCCUGCUACCGCUGCGGUGGUGUGGGCCACAUCUCCCGUGAGUGCCAGGCUAGCCCCGCCGAGGGUUUCGGUGGUGCUGCUGCUGGGUGGUGGCUUUGGCGGCCGUCAGCAGACUUGCUACUCUUGCGGUGGCUUCGGACACAUGGCUCGCGACUGCACUAACGGACAAAAGUGCUACAACUGCGGUGAGGUCGGCCACGUCUCCCGCGACUGCCCUACGGAGGCCAAGGGUGAGCGGGUGUGCUACAACUGCAAGCAACCUGGUCACGUCCAGGCUGCUUGCCCUAACUAAAUAGUUGAUCUGCAUGCUGCAUCGUUUGUCUUCUGUCGC